AUGAUGACAAUACCUUGCUUGAUCGCAGUGGUGGAUGACUCGACCAUAUACUCGAAUGACGAUCGCCUUAAAGCUGUAUCGCCUGUCGUUCCGUUGACCAUCGUCUUCCUCGAGCGGGUGCCGUAUAGUCCUCCUGCGCCCACGUCGCUAGCCAGAGCGGCUCAGUAUAUCGCCAUUGCUCAAGGAGCACUAGCCGCAACACUCAUCCGUUUUAGGCAAUUCGCAAAAACUUUGACCAUGCCAUAG